GUUUCAAGUUCCAAAACCAUCUUCUCUGUCCCGUCACUCUUUUGAUUUUGUCUUGGCUAGGCCUGUUCCGUCAUGCAGCUGCAAGCCCUCGUCACUCUUUUAUCUCUUCUCGGUGCUGCUAAUGCCAUUCCCGACCAACACGUUCGUCUUGCAAAGAGACAGAAUGCUGGCGCUGUCGUUGCCAGUGGUUCGAGCUCCUCAUCAUCCGGUGCCCCAACAACGAGCUUCACAUCGGCUACAUCGACCUCGAAUUCACCCGUUCCGACCACACCUGUUGGCACCACUAUUCCUCCACUGAUUAAUAUCACUUCGGGCAUGGCGACCCCUUCGACCGUCCCCCUCUCAGCUACAUAUUCCGCAGGCGCUACACCUUUAAUUUCCGGUGCUCCAGUUUUGCCUACUCCCUGCAAGUUUUCUUACCGAUUCGUAUUCCAAGCUGCAAGCUGGCCUGUUCAGGACCAGAUUGCACCUACUAAUUCGUCAGAGGUCUCCGAAUGGAUGGAAGAACUUGCUAAUUUCACCAUCCCCGACCUCACUCCUACGGUAGAUGGCACUUGCGCCAACGACCCGUCUGCAGCCGCGCAAGCUGCUAGUCGUGGUUGGUGGACCUGCGGUGGUUAUACCCGUGUUACUGAUAUCACUGCUUGUCCGGACAAGUUGACAUGGGGUGUCAGCUUCGACGAUGGCCCAGGUUUCUACAGUAUGGAGCUUCUUGACUACUUGGCUUCUAAGAACUUGACCUCAACGUUCUUCGUUAUUGGUUCUCGUAUCGUCGAGCGUCCUCAGGUUCUUGUGGAGGAGUAUAUGGCUGGGCACGAAAUCGCUGUCCACACCUGGUCGCAUCGUCCUCUCACCAUGCUUACUACCGAACAAGUCGUAGCUGAGCUUGGUUGGGCACGCAAAGCUGUCAAGGACGUCAUUGGUGUUACUCCCACAUUGAUGCGUCCCCCUUACGGCGACAUUGACGAUCGUGUUCGUGCCAUUUCCCUGGCAAUGGGUAUGGUCCCCGUUAUCUGGACUAGCACUGGUACUGGCGCAACGUUUGAUACCAACGACUGGAAGGUUCCAGGCGGUGUGGUCACAGGUCCUCAGUCGUUCGCCACUUUUGAGGCUAUUCUAACUAACGCAACUAUGCUGAACACUGGAUUUGUUGUUCUUGAGCACGACUUAUACGCACAAACUGUUGAUCUUGCCAUUGGCUACACGCUGCCUGCUGCUAUGAACUUUACCCCCGCACUUACUUUCGACUCGAUUGGUCACUGCAAUGGCAUCCCAAGCACGAACCUGUACCGCGAGAGCAACACAAACACGAGCUUCCCCUACCCGAACAGCACUAGUGGUGACUCGACCGUCCCUAGCAGCGCAGGCGGACAGGGUAACACCACCAAGACUUCUGGUGCUCUAUCGGAUGCCAUGAUGCCUAUAUCUAUGGUUGUCACUUCAUUAUUGGCUGCUGGCGGCUCCUUCCUCAUGUGACCUGACGGAUAUACCACUUACGCAAGCUUGAUACUAAUCUAGCUAGAUGAUGGACGUACAGCAGCUGUAUAUAUAUAUUUUGCCCUUCGUGGACAAGUAUGUUUUUGUGGAUGCUGCUCUAUCUAUUCUGAUUUUAAAUACCCCGUUUUCUCUCUUCAAUAUGUUGUAAUCUUGUGUGAGGUUUUGGGUUUGGGACAGAGGGCUUUGCAGGGAGCAAUAAAGUGCUUCGGUGUACGUCUGAGGUAUACUCUGACAUAAACUGCAAAGGGUCGUACGGGUCGAGUGCUGGCAGAUAAGCAUGUUACUUACGGUGAUAGCCGAUAAAUAAGGCUUGUAGGACAGUUAAGCUACGCG